ACCUUUAAUCCCGAACUUGGGUAUCACCAAGUAGACUAUAGGCCUUAACCACCUCGGCUAAGGGGUUGUUGGCCUUUCGACUGAAGCCUUUUGAGAUAACAUAUCAGGAUCGGUGCAAUCAAGGAGUUCAAUAUGAUGUGGAACAUAUAUCGGUUGUUUCAUAAAUAUAACUUGACAAGAAACGUGACCCUUUAAUUAUUGGAUCCUAGUCCCACAGGUGGUAACUGGUAGAGUAGGUUUAUACCCUUUUUUGUACAAAUAUGUGUAUAUUCAUUCUAUGUAUUUAUGUGUGAGAGACACCCAUAAGUACAAAGACAAGCAGGGAGCCAGGGAGUGAGAGUUGUUUGCAGAUGCAAUGACUUCUUUUACAUAUUCCUUCUUCCAAAUCACUCUCACUACCAUCUUCUUCAUCUCCUCCUCCUCAUCUUCUUCUUUUGCUUCUACUACAAAUUCUCGUCCCUUCAAAAGGAUAUAUGCAUUUGGUGACUCUUUCACAGACACUGGUAACACCAGAUCUGUCACUGGACCAAGUGGGUUUGGCCAUGUCUCCAGCUCCCCAUAUGGCAUGACCUUCUUUCACCACCCAACCAACCGAUACUCCGACGGACGCCUUGUGAUCGACUUUGUAACUCAAGAGCUUUAUUUACCUUUCUUGCAACCUUACAUUCUCCUAAAAGACAAAACCAAUGCAUCAUCAUCUUCUGGGGUCAAUUUUGCUGUUGCUGGCUCUACAGCAAUAAAUCAUGCUUUCUUUGUUAAAAACAAUCUAACUCUUGAUGUCACUCCUCAGUCUAUCCAAACUCAGCUCAUUUGGUUCAAUAAGUUCUUGGAGAGUCAAGGGUGUAAAGGAGGAGUUACAACAACACCAGGCUGCAAAGCAUCAGUUGAUGAUGCAUUGUUCUGGGUUGGUGAGAUUGGUGUCAAUGACUAUGCUUAUAUUGUGGGAUCUGAAGUGUCAGGCGACACUAUUCGAAAGCUUGCCAUCAGUACUAAAACCCAGUUUUUACAGGAAUUGCUGAAGAAGGGUGCAAAAUAUGUUGUUGUCCAAGGCCUACCUCCAUCAGGGUGUCUACCUUUGGCCAUGUCUCUGGCUGAUGAAAAUGACAGGGAUGCUAUGGGAUGUGUGAAGAGUGUAAACAACCAAUGCUACACCCACAAUGUAGCUUUCCAAGCCAAGUUGCAACAACUGAGGAUUCAGUUUCCGCAAGCCGUCAUUGUCUAUGCUGAUUACUGGAAUGCCUAUGCUACCGUCUUCAACAAUCCGGCGAGAUAUGGGUUGAAGGAGCGGUUCAAGGCGUGCUGCGGCUCAGGCACACCACCCUACAACUACGAAGUGUUUGCGGUUUGUGGAUCACCUUCAGCCAAAGCUUGUCCAAACCCUUCUCAGUACAUUAACUGGGAUGGAGUUCACCUUACUGAGGCCAUGUAUAAGGUGGUUGCUGACAUGUUUCUUCAUGGAAAAUUCAGUCAUCCUCCAUUCAGUUACUUGCUGGAUAGGAAACAACGUCAAGGGUGAAUGAUCCUUUAAUUAGCUGUUGAAUAUAUCUGCUUCAAUAAUACAAUGUUUUUCUGUUGGUUGUAAGAUGAAUGGUUGAGUUUUCUGUUGAAUAUACACAUGUAGAUCUCAUUAUAACA